AUGAGGGGGGGUGGGGAGGACGGCUGCCUGCCUCCCUCCCUCCGAUGGCAUAUAGCAUCACGUUUGUCUUUUAAUCCGUCCCUCCUUAAGAAUGUGUGUAUGUGGUGAAGGAAAAUAUGAUUUCAUACUCGAUUUUACAGCAACAAGAUUGAAAUGCGAGGAACAGAGAGGAGGGGGGGAAGCACAAUCAUGGCUGAUCUAUUUCCACCCCCAUCCCUCAACCCCAUUUUCAUGCCCUUCAUAAUCCAUCAGAAAGUCUUGUCCCGUUGCUAGCGCUGGCUCCCUCUCUUCAUCCCCCUCCUCCCCCCCCCCGGGCCCUCCCGCCCGCCGGCCGACGGCCAAUGGGAAGCGAGAGUUUUCGCGCUGAUUGGCUUCGUUGAAGAAGACGGAGGAGGAUGAUGAUGGGGAGGAUGAAGGGAACGAAGGAGUUACUGUACUCAUUGGAAGUACAGUAACCCCGCUCGGGAGGGAGGAUGGAUGCGCCCACAGCAGGUUCGCUCGUUUUCCUAAAUUACCCGAUCUGCUCGUCUUUCUGCCUUCCUCCUUCCACCCACCCCCUUUUUAAAAAAAUUUAUGUUGCGUGCAAACGCGUGAACCGCAUAGCGGCGACGGCGGCAAAAAAAAAAAAGGUGGCUGACCAAGAAUAAGGGACUUAGGCCGCACGAUGGUCCAAUCAGGAGCUGUUUGAAAUUGGUAACAUCAGGAGAGCAUGGCUCAGCCCAUCCGACUUCCGAAGAAUGUAAUCGGGAGUUCCCGGCCAACGGCACAGGAAUUGAUUAAUCCCAUUUCCAUGAAACAGGUUCCAGAGAUCCUUGGUAUUAAUAAGAAGGCUCAAAACGGUGAAGUGGAUUCUGAGCUCUCCAUACUGACUGAUAAAGCUGUUACACCUUUAACAGUAGCCCUACAGGAUGGUGUCAUACAUCGAUUAAAUGGACACGAUGCAAGUUCUGUUUGUAGGGCGUCGGACAAAUUAAAGGAUUUAACUUCUCUUAUGUUAAAUGGAGAUUCUGCCAUGCCAAAUGUAGUUGAAGAAUCACCAUCUCAACAUGCAGCUUCUCUAAUUGAAUGCUUUACAGAAAAUAGAGGGAACAAAACACCACCUCGAACAACACCUAAAAAAAGUGGUUCACCGGAGAUUAAGUUGAGAAUUACUAAAACUUACUUAAAUGGAAAGCCCCUUUUUGAAUCUUCACUUUGUGGGGAUCUUCAAAUAGGUGACUUUGAGCCUGCACAGCAGGAGCAACAAGACGAAGAAAAAAAUCAAGACAAACGUAAGAGAAAGAAAAGUGUGAAGUAUGAUGCAUUGCUUGAACAAAGUCUUUCUGAGCUGGCACUUGUAUCCAAGACAUCCAGUUCUCCUGAUGAACUAGUAAAGACUGAAGAAAACCAAAUGAACGAAGACGCGAAAGAUGAAGACACCAAGGAGAAGGAUGUCCCAGUGAAAUAUGAUGUCGGGGACAUGGUGUGGUCCAAAGUAUCUGGCUAUCCUUGGUGGGCCUGUAUGGUUUCUUCAGAUCCUAUCUUGGGUACCCACACAAAAGUUAAAGGUCUGAAUAAGGCUAUAUGUCGCCAGUACCAUGUUCAGUUUUUUGGUGAAGCUCCAGAAAGAGCCUGGAUUUUUGAAAAGAGUAUGAUACCUUUUGCAGGUGUUCAUCAAUAUGAUGCGUUAGUCCAUGAGAGUGCCAAACAUGCAACUUCGAAGGCAGAAAAAAACAAGCUCUUAAAACCAAUUCCUGCCAGAAUUCGUCUUCAAUGGGAUCUAGGUAUUGCACAAGCAGAGAAGGCACUGGCAAUGACCCCUGAGAAUCGAAAGGCUAAAUAUACCUUUGUUUAUGAUUGUGAUCGUCCAUUAUUACCACCUCAAGUUGCAAAAGAGGCUGGGGUUCCUGUUGAACAUGUUGAGAACAGGAAAUGGCCUCCUGAAGAAUUGCCAAGACCCAAGGACAAUCUCACGAAUACAAAAGGAUUGAGGAGAGGAAACAGUGCACCAAAUAAAAGGCAAUAUUCAAAACCAUAUGAACCUAAGAUCCCUGCAAACGAGUGUUUAAGUAGGACUGUCGCUUCGGCUGAAGGCUCUACUCAAAGUUACUCAACAGACAGGACAUCUUGCAGAUCAUCAGAUUCUGAGAGUUGCACAAGCUCCCCAAUGGCCAAGAGAAAACAAGGAGUAGCCAAUCAGCGGACCAGGAAAUGUGAUGCUGCCCUCGCUCAAUUCAUGGCCUUUUGUCAGAAACACAGAGAUGAGCUCACUGAAGAACGUCCAGAUGCUACUGCUGAUGAGAUUGAAGAGCUGCUUGAGUCUCAGUGGGCUUUGCUCAGUGAUAAACAGCGAGCACGUUACAAUACCAAGUUCUCUAUAGUUACUCCAAUUACAGAGCACAAAUCGCCUGUAUCAGGUUCAGGAUCACCUGGGCCCACCAGACGCAAAGUUUUGCAGGACUCUCCAAAAAGAACAACUAGAUCUAGUGUGACCUCGGAAACAACGAGACAAAGAAGAUUAUCCAGGAAAAUAAUAGAUUACAGAGAAGAGUCUCCAGACCGAAUCGGCUCCAGUAAGAGAUUAAAGCGAAAUUAUCAUGAAGAUGAAAAGUAUGAUUUCAGUAAAUCUGAUGGGGCAGAAGCAUGUGGAACCGACAGUAUUGAGGCUGGAGAAACAUUGCCCACCCAUGCUAACUCAUCCCAAAACAAUCAAUCAGAUAUAAGUAAACUAUCCGAUUCAUGUAAACCACUGAAAAAACGAAGCAGAGCAUCAACUACUGAAACAUCGGUGCCAGCUGUCAGCAAGAAUCCAUCUCCUCUAACUGUGCUAACCGAAAAUGAGACAUCAUUUGAUGGACAGCAGGAGUCAGGAGAUGAAAGUGCAGAUGAGACUCCAACAGAGGUUUCAUCUGUAUCAUCGAAAAAGUCCCAAGGAGAACGCGGGGGCAGUGGUGCAGCUAGGAAAGAAGGAGUUUGUCAGGUGUGUGAGAAUUCUGGAGACCUGCUCUUUUGUGAGGGACAGUGUUGUGGGGCGUUCCACUUGGCUUGUCUUGGCCGGUCUAAAUUACCUCAAGGCAAAUUUAUGUGUAGGGAAUGCACAUCAGGUGUUCACACUUGCUUUGUGUGCAAGAAGAAUGGGCCAGAUGUUAAGCGUUGUAUUGUUCCUUUGUGUGGAAAGUUCUACCACGAUGACUGUGUGAGAAAAUACCCUCCAACUGUGUUUGAUAACAAGAGAUUUCGAUGUCCCCUACACAUAUGUGUCAGCUGCCAUGCCACAAACCCCUCUAACCCCAGGCCAACAAAAGGGCGAAUGAUGCGCUGUGUUCGUUGUCCUGUGGCCUAUCAUGGAGGAGAGACGUGUAUUGCAGCAGGGUCUGUGAUACUGACAGCCAACAGUAUUAUUUGUACCAACCAUUUUUCUCCAAAGAAGGGGUGCAGACAUCAUGCUCAUGUCAAUGUUAGCUGGUGCUUUGUAUGUUCAAGAGGGGGGAGCCUUUUAUGUUGCGAAUCCUGUCCUGCAGCAUUUCACCCAGAAUGUCUCAACAUUGAUACCCCAGAGGGGAGUUGGUAUUGCAAUGAUUGCAAAGCAGGCAAGAAGCCACAUUACAAAGACAUCAUCUGGGUAAAGCUGGGUAGCUACAGAUGGUGGCCUGCAGAGAUAUGUCACCCAAGGAAUGUUCCUACAAAUAUUCAAAAUAUGAAGCACCAGAUUGGCGAAUUCCCAGUUCAUUUCUUUGGAUCAAAUGACUACUUUUGGACCCACCAGGCACGUGUAUUUCCUUACAUGGAAGGCGAUAAGGGAAGCAAAGAUAACAAAAUUAAAAGUCUCAGCAAAGCCUUUAGAAAAGCUUUAGAAGAGGCAGCAGAGCGCUUUCAGGAUCUUAAAGCUCAGAGGGAAACUAGAGAAGCUCAAGAAAAUGAACGCAAUGGGAGAAAGCCUCCACCAUAUAAACACAUAAGGGUCAAUAAACUAUUUGGCAAAGCACAGAUUUACACGGCUGACAUUUCAGAAAUCUCGAGAUGCAACUGUAAGCCAACUGGUGAUCAUCCUUGUGGCCUGGAUUCAGAGUGCCUGAACAGAAUGUUAAUGUAUGAAUGUCAUCCUGCUGUAUGCCCAGCGGGUGGACGGUGCCAAAACCAGUGUUUUAGCAAAAGGCAGUAUCCUGAGUCGCAAGUUGUCAAGACUGCUGGAAAAGGCUGGGGCCUCAUUUCAAAGACUGACAUAAAGAAAGGAACGUUUGUGAAUGAAUAUGUGGGAGAGGUAAUAGAUGAAGAUGAGUGCCGAGCAAGAAUCCGGUUUGCACAGGAACAAAAUAUUGCCAACUUCUACAUGCUCACUAUCGAUAAGGAUCGAAUAAUUGAUGCUGGACCGAAAGGGAAUUAUUGCCGUUUCAUGAACCAUAGUUGCCAACCUAAUUGUGAAACACAAAAGUGGACAGUGAAUGGAGAUACUCGAGUUGGGUUGUUUUCUCUCUGUGAUAUCCCAGCAGGGACUGAACUCACCUUUAAUUAUAAUCUUGAUUGCCUUGGCAAUGAGAAGACUAUUUGCAAAUGCGGGGCGCCAAACUGCAGUGGAUUCCUCGGGGUCAGACCCAAGAGUGCAAGCAAUGGUUCAGAUGAUAAAGGAAAAAGGCGGAAAAAGAAAAUACGAAAACGCAAAUCAAAGAAUGAAGGGAAAAAAGCACACGAGGAUGAAUGCUUCCGCUGCAGAGACGGAGGAGAACUUGUGCUCUGUGACAGGAAAGUUUGUUCAAAGGCAUAUCACCUGUCCUGCCUUAGUCUUACAAAGCGUCCAUUUGGAAAGUGGGAAUGCCCCUGGCACCACUGUGAUGUCUGUGGAAAACCCUCUGUUAUUUUUUGCCAAUUCUGCCCCAACUCUUUUUGUAAGGAUCAUGAAGAAGGAACAAUGUUCAAGUCCACGUUAGAUGGGGAAGCUUGCUGCUGCGAACAUGACCACUGCAACAUGGCGGAACCUCUCGAACGAUGCAAAAACCUGGAAAUCUAUCCUUCUUUGAAUGAGACUGCUAAGUUGGAGUCCAAGAACCCCAAAACCAGCAAUCGUAUGCCAGUUAUCAAAGCACAGUGAAUUUACUUGAACUAAGCACUGUUGAUAUAUACUGCCAUUGACGCUCUUCACAGAUUGUCACACAACAACUCUACAGGAAAGGGCAUUCUUGAUUCCACUGAGCCAUCUCCAGCAGUUCUUUACUGCAUCUGCACUGAUAACUCAAAACUGUGGCUACAUAACUCAGUAACCAGCACAGCAAAACUACACAGCAUUACAUUAACACUGGGAAAGCUUCCUCCUAUGAAACACUGAAAAUAGGAGAACAAAUUUAAAGACCAAAAUAUAAAUUGGUAUUGAAACUAGAAAUUAAUAGCAUUUAUCAAUCAUUAAGUGUUAGAAAUAAGAUACUUAAAGAAAUGACACUAUUAGUUGCUCUUCAUUGUGUUUAUAUGCGUUAGUGUAGUUUACAUUAAUAGUUCAGUACAUUUUGUAACCCUGAUGGUCUUUAUUGCGUGUAUAAUCACUCGUUCAACGUUUUAAAAUAUCUUAUCUUCAGGGCUGUUGAACUGUUAAAUGUGUGACCACAGAGAUUGAAACAGUUUUAUUGUGGCUAGUAAAUGCAGCAAUUGGGGAUCUUUUACUGGAAAAACUCUGGUCAGACAGUUUUUAUUUAAACCAACUGUAAUAACAACAAAUACAAGUUCUGUUUAGUCAGAUGUGUACCAAACUGUGGACCAUGUUCACCUUAAUUGAAAAUGUUUAGAUUAAUGUUCAUGUGUUACCUCGUUUUUGUUCUUGUUCAUCCUUUUUGGGAGGUUCCUGUAUCUUCUAAACUUCGGUCCUUGCAACAUCACAGGAGAAAGAAGCCAACUGCAUAUAGAUUCAAGACGCAUCAUUUAACUUUACUUUUUUCAAGGCAUUGUUAAUAGAGUUUGACUUUUAGUUUUAAUUUUUUGUGCAUCAUACUAUUCCCAUGCUACUGUAGCUCUAGCAGAGGUCCAAGAGUAGUUCAUUCCACAUUGGAGGGUUCUAGAUUAUGUGAUUAUUUUUAUUUAUCCCAGGUGUCGACGAAGAAGUGGUAUGUUAGCUUUUCUAAUAUCCUAUUGUGUGAUUAGAAUAUUGUCUCUAAUGUUCUACAUUAUGUUUUACAGCGAUGGCUGCCAAUCUUGAGAAAACCUUUAAGGAUGGUAAAUGAAAUUCAUGAGGUUGCGAAGAGUGUAGAACAAAAUGAGUUUCAUGACUAAACAGUGAUAGUUUGGGUUGGUAGGUUUUCAUCUCACUGACUCAAUGCAUUGCUAUCAUGUUGUAUUGUUGUUUGCAUGUCAGUGUAGUGAUUCCCUUAUUUUGGAUUACAUCCUGGCAAUUUCGAUUCACUGAGCACAAAGUUGGAGAUGAAAUUUCAGUGUUGCUAGUUCACACAAAUAUGUUGGGUACAACCUUCUCUUACUAAACUGCAUCGGGAUGAAUUCAUACCCUGCCACAUCACCAAAUAAAUAAUUGUACAUUAUUGAAAUGUGGAAAAGGUAAACAUUUACAUUAAAAAAAAAUUCUGUUGUGUUCCUAAAACAUUGAAAUUAUUACAUGGGGGAAAAUAAUUAGUCCAGUGCAGUUUGGCAAAAGAUGCAUCAAAUAGCCGGUCCAAAUUAAUCAAACAAAUUCUGGCUUUUGAAUUCAAGUGCAUUGUUCACUUUUCAGAUGACAAACCGGAUGGAUUUCAUUUUCUGUCCCAAUGGAAAUAAUUUCAAAUUAUGCUCUUAAUGGUUGGUUGAUUGCUGGAGGUAAUGUGCAUUGUACAACCUUGUGCCUGGAAAUUGGCCUCUGAUUGCAACAUACAAUGUUACCAUGUUGUAUUCUGCCUCUGAACUUAAUUUCAUUGCCUUGAAUAGAAUGAAUUUUGGAGGCAGAGCAGAACAUACUGAUUUCACAAAAUAGCACAUUUAACAAUACUCCUCAAGGAUUAAUUGCUAGGUUAUCUUAAAGUACAUAUUUGUGCUCUUAUAACAAAUGUUCAUACUCUGAAUGCGUACAGACUUGUAGAAAGUACAUAGUGAACCAAGAAAGACAAAAAUAACGUGCUGCAUUUUGUAUGUAGCAAGCUCACUGGGGUGAUGUUAUGGUUUUGCCCAUAAAGGUGUGUAAAGCAUUGAAAAUAGUUCUUGAUUUAAGAUUCUGGAUGAAGAAUAAGAUGCAUGUGAUGAGUACUUCUAAUUUUUUUAAUUCCAGUUGUGAGUGAAUUAGCAGUUGUUAGUUUUCAAAGUACUCAAGGAUUUUAGAAUUAAAAUGUCUCAAGAUAGACACAAAAUGCUGGAGUAACUCAGCGGGCCAGACAGCAUCUCUGGAGAGAAGGAAUGGGUGAUGUUUUGGGUCGAGACCCUCCGCCUCAUUAACUGCUCUUGCACAAAAAAAUGAUAAAUCUUCAUACAUUGGGAACUCCAGCAGAUGUUUAAUUCAAUGGCAGGACUACCUUAGCUAGGCUACACUUGAAAAUUAGAGGCCAUGUCCUUAAACCUGUCAAAAGAUCUUCCUUCUGUCAGCUAUACAUUGAUUACCAUUGGCCAUAGUGUGCAAUAUCUAAAAAGCAGUUAAUUGUGCAAUUGACAUGAGGAACAUACCCAAAGUCAUCUAUGCAUAGUCAGUGGAUGAAAAAUUUGGGCUAAUGUGAACAAUGGCAAUGCACUAGUUACCAAUAUGAAAUGCUCUCAUUUUUGCUCAGGUAUUAAAAAAUGGCUCUGAUUGUUGAGUUCAAGCAGUUGUGUAGCUGUCACCUCGGACGAGGAGAAAUUUUGGAUUCUUGUAAAAGCAGAGGGCAAAUGGAUGGGAAGGCCUUGAAAGUUUGCAUAUUUUAUGGGUGUAAAAAGGCAUAAUGAGGCCUAGCUUUUAAGAAUUAAUAAUAACAAACUUGUGAUAGAUGCUGAAAUUGGGUUUAUGACCUUCAUACGUGGAUGAGGUGCCUAAUAUUAGUUUUGGAUCUCAAAUGACAGCAAUCAGUGGAUAGGCAUUUAACUGUCAACGUAGAUUUUUUUUUUACAAGAUCAAGGUCAGUCUUUGGGUGAAAAUUACAGUAUGGGUAGGAGUUCCAAUUGUGUCACAUGCUGCCUGUAUAGUAUGAAUUCUGGGGAUGUAAAUGAGUUCAAAUUCAUUUCCACUUCCACUGUGGGUGAAUUUGGUCUUUGUCCAUUGCACAAAAUGCACUCAUAGCUACUCUGCCACUGUAAAAGAGACUGCCAGUUCAAUACAAGCAGUUCAAUUUACUGCCUUGACACUAAUUUCACCCUCUGCUUAAGAUACUUGACCUUGCCUGUUAUUGAAACUUCAAAUUUUAAUCAUUUUGUAAAAUUGAAACUCAGAAUUAUAUGGUAUAAUUUCUUCAGCUCAUCUGUACAUGUUUAUAUCAACAACCAGGUAACAAUUACAUGUGUCUUGAAUUCAGUCUUAUUGAUGGGACAUUAUGUAUUGAAGCUGCUGUAUGCUUUUGACUGUGCACACCUCAACAAGAUUUUAUUUUUUAAGUUUUGUAUUAAAAGACUUGGAUACCUAGA